GUUCCUCUCUGGUUCAACCUUCUCUUCUGUGACGGUGAUCAAUAAAAAUAAUUAAAAUUCUAUUUAGUGUUUCACCGGCUUAAAUUUGGUGCAACUAGUGUAAAGGUGUAUUUAUCAUCCCUUAUUGCUCACUUUUAAUAUCGGUUAUCGAUCGAUAUGUCGGACAUUAAAUCGUUCCUCCAUCAGUUUUGCCAAAAAAACCAGAAAGAGCCCGUUUUCGAGGUUCGUCCUACUGGUCCCAAACACAGGCAGAGAUUUCUUUGUGAAUUACGAAUAGAUGGUUAUAGUUACGUUGCCGCCGGAAAUUCUACUAAUAAGAAAGAUGCUCAAGUUAACGCAUCCAAGGAUUUCGUUUCUUAUUUGGUUCGUCAAGGGUUCCUGAAUAAAUCCGAUGUACCAAUUGAUCUCGAUGCAGGUUUGCCCCCGUCUGCACCGAGCGAACCUGCUCCUGUUCCUUCUGGACCUUCACAUUCGGUUUUUGGACAAGGGAUGGGUCCAGAGAAUUUUGGUGAAGCAUAUCGUCCUGUGAAUAGAGGAGGAAAUGAUAACUUCCGUCAAGAUGGUAAUUGGCAUUAUAUGGACAGAGCUCAGGAGCAGAAACGCUUAGAGGAAGCUGAAGACCUUGACGUUAAUGCCCAAAUACACGGUAAUUGGACAAUAGAAAAUGCCAAAUCGAAACUUCAUCAAUUUUUACAAAGUAACAAAAUCAACGCAGAUUACAAAUACUCGCAAAUUGGCCAAGAUCAUAACAAAUCCUUUGUCGCUGAAAUGAGUUUCUAUGUAAAACAACUGGGACGAACGAUACAUGGCAGAGAUACUGCGUCAAAUAAACAAUCUGCAAGUAAAAGUUGCGCUUUAUCUAUCGUGAGACAGUUGUUCCAUUUAGGUGUAAUAGAAGCAUAUUCUGGUACACUAAAAAAGGAUAAAGCUGCCAGUGAAAUGACUCCGUUCGAGGUUAAAUUAGAUCCAGCGCUUCGUCAAGAAGUUCAAGAUUGCUUGGACGAAUUGAAAAUCAAAGUUGCUUUUGCACCGUCCAAUCAACCUGUUUCACUACUAUCAGAACAAGUGUUGGAUGAUUUCGUAGCAGCUAAGCCUACCCAAGGGGGCGUUGUACCUUGGAGUCCUCCACAGCAAAAUUGGAACCCAUGGUUGGGCUGCAACAUUGAUGAGGGCCCUUUGGCUUCAACUACACUUGAAAAACUGAGUGAGGACUUAUUGCAGGAUAUGAGAAUGGCACAAAACAAUCAGAAUGUUCAGGAGAGUAUCAAGGGUAGACAGCAGUUGCCUGUUUAUUCUAUGAAAGGGACUAUUAUGGAAGCUAUCAAUGAACAUCCAGUUAUUAUUAUCAGAGGAAAUACAGGGUGUGGUAAAACAACUCAGGUGUGUCAGUUCAUCUUAGAAGAUUACAUAAUGUCAGGUCAGGGGGCGUGGUGUAACAUAGCUGUCACCCAGCCCAGGAGAAUAUCUGCGGUUUCAGUGUCUGAAAGAAUAUCACAGGAGAGAUGCGAGGACCUUGGACAAAGUGUGGGUUAUUCGGUUAGGUUCGAAAGUGUUCUGCCUCGUCCAUACGGUUCCAUCAUGUUUUGCACAGUCGGUGUACUACUCAAGAAGCUAGAGGCAGGACUUCGAGGCGUCAGUCACGUUAUUGUCGAUGAAAUUCACGAAAGGGACGUGAACAGCGACUUUAUAAUGGUCGUUUUGAGGGAUAUGAUUCACACGUAUCCCGAUCUCAGGGUAAUUCUCAUGUCAGCCACAAUCGACACUACACUGUUUUCAAAGUAUUUCAAUAAUUGUCCGGUUAUCGAGGUUCCGGGAAGGGCCUUCCCUGUCAAGCAGUAUUUCUUGGAGGAUUGUAUCGAACUGACCAAAUUCGUGCCACCACUGGAUACCAGGAAGAGGAAGAGUGGGGGAAAUAAAGAUAAGGAUGACGAUGAAGAUGCUGUUCCGGAAGAUGAUGAGAAUUUGAAUAAAGUUAUCGAUGAAGGAUACAGCGAUGCCACCAAAGCCGCUCUAGCAAAAAUAAGCGAAAGGGAGGUCAGUUUUGAACUUCUCGAAGCUCUCCUCAAGUACAUCAAAGCACAGAACAUUCCAGGUGCCGUUCUUGUGUUUUUGCCCGGUUGGAAUCUCAUCUUUGCGAUGAUGAAACAUCUACAAAACCACCCCGUAUUCGGCGGGCCCCAGUACCGCAUCCUACCGUUGCACUCCCAGAUACCGAGGGAGGACCAACGCAAGGUCUUCGAGGACGCGCCCCCCAACAUCACGAAGGUCAUACUGUCGACCAACAUCGCCGAAACCUCCAUAACGAUCAACGACGUCGUGUUCGUCAUCGACAGCUGCAAAUCGAAGAUGAAGAUGUUCACGUCCCACAACAACAUGACCAGCUACGCUACCGUGUGGGCGUCCAGGACCAACCUGGAGCAACGUAAGGGCAGGGCCGGUAGGGUCAGGCCCGGCUUCUGUUUCACCCUCUGCUCCAAGGCCAGACACGCCAAGCUGGACGAGCACAUGACGCCGGAGAUGUUCAGGACGCCCCUGCACGAGCUGGCCUUGAGUAUCAAGUUGUUGAGGUUAGGUUCCAUCGGGCAUUUCUUGAGUAAGGCCAUAGAGCCACCACCAUUGGAUGCUGUGAUCGAGGCCGAGGUCCUGUUGCGUGAAAUGAAGUGCUUGGACGCCAACGACGAGCUGACGCCGUUGGGACGUAUCAUAGCCAAGCUGCCCAUAGAGCCGCGGCUCGGUAAGAUGAUGGUUUUAGGUUGCAUCUUCAUGUGUGGAGCUCCGCUGGCCACUAUGGCGGCCAAUUCUACCACUUUCCCCGAGAUAUUCCAGAUGGAGAUGGGGCAGAGGAGGCUGAGCAACCACCAGAGGGCGCUGGCGGGCGAUAGGCAUUCCGACCACGUGGCCAUGUUGACGGCUUUCGAGCUGUGGGACAGGGCGAGGCAGGGGGGUGAAGAGGCCGAGAUAAGGUUUUGCGAGUACAAAGGUAUUAGCAUGCCCACCAUGAGGGUCACUUGGGAGGCCAAGUAUCAGCUGCAACAGAUCCUACAGAACUGCGGCAUUCCCGAGGAAGCCAUGUCCCCCAUACCGAUGGAAACUGUAGGCCCCGAUCCGAAAUUAGACGUUGUGAUGUCCUUGAUGUGUUACGGUUUAUACCCGAACGUAUGUUAUCACAAGGAGAAAAGGAAGGUGCUCACCACCGAGAGUAAAUCCGCCUUGAUCCACAAAACAUCCGUGAACUGCUCCAACUUGGAGCAGAAGUUCCCCUACCCCUUCUUCGUGUUCGGCGAGAAGAUCCGUACCAAGGCGGUAUCCUGCAAGCAGAUGUCUAUGGUCACCCCCCUCCAUCUACUCCUUUUCGGCUCUAGAAAAGUAGAGUGGGUGGACAAUAUGGUAAGGCUGGACAAUUGGAUCAAUCUGAACAUGAACCCUGAAGAAGCCGCUGAAAUAGUGGCUCUACGACCCGCACUGGAGAGUCUGGUGGUUAGGUCUUCGAAGGAACCUGAAUCCAUCUUGGAGAUGGGUCCGAGCGAUCAGAAGGUGAUCUCGGUCAUCAAGAAACUCUGCGAGCUGAACGCGGGCAGCUACGGCAUCACGAGGGAGGCCAGCGGGGCAGAUUUUCAGAACAGGAGGCCGCCCAGAGGCCACAGUUUGGGGGGUUACAGCGGGCCUUCGCCCAAGUACUCGAGGGGUAGGGGUGGAUUCAGGGGAGCGAGAGGUGGCGGUGGUUACGGCGGAGGAAACGGUUACGGGGGUAGGGGAGGUUACGGCGGUGGUGGGAACAGUUACGGAGGAAGGGGAGGUUUUGGAGGUAGGGGUGGUUACGGUGGUGGAGGUUUUGGGGGCAGAGGAGGUUUUGGUGCCGGAAGGGGAGGUUUUGGUGCCGAAAGGGGAGGUUUUGGUGGCGAAAGGGGAGGUUUUGGUGGCGAAAGGGGAGGUUUUGGUGGCGAAAGGGGAGGUUACGGUGGGUAUGGAGGUGGUUAUUGAGUGUAAAUAUUAAGUUAGUAUUAAUUUGACUGAUGUGAUUUUCAUUUGUGAAAUAUUUUCUGAAAUAAAUGAAGCAUUUUCCUUUUUU